GCUUAGCCCGCCGGAGGGGCGGGACUCACCGGGUCCGGGCCAGCUAAAAGGGUCGUGGAGGGCUUGGGGCCCGGGUCACUCGGGUGGAGUCUUCAGACAGCUGGUGCAGCGCGUCGCAGGAACCCUCGCUUCGCUUCAGUCAUGGCCUGUGGUCUGGUCGCAAGCAACCUGAAUCUCAAACCUGGGGAGUGUCUCAGAGUUCGGGGCGAGGUGGCCCCCGAAGCCAAGAGCUUCGUGCUGAACCUGGGGAAAGACAAAGACAACCUGUGCCUGCACUUCAACCCCCGCUUCAACGCCCACGGGGACUCGAACACCAUCGUGUGCAACAGCAAAGAUGGUGGAGCCUGGGGGACUGAGCACCGAGAGCCUGCCUUCCCCUUCCAGCCUGGGAGCACCGUAGAGGUGUGUGUGGCCAGGCUAGGUGAUGGAAUCGGGGAGCCGAGUUCUCACUGA